AUGAGUGUUAUAUAAAAUACAUCUUAAGAAAUUAGAAUUAAUAAUCUUUAGACAGAUUUAAAGUAAUUGUCAACAAAUACAAAUUUAUAUAUGCUUUAAUCAAAAGAUGAAAUUGCUACGUUAAAUGAGAAGUUAAAUCAAAUAAUAAAUUAAUAAAGUCAGAAUACUUCUGUAUAUAAUGAUUCUAUUGUUAGAGCAUAAAUAUUAUCCAAGAGAAAUUGAAUUAAAGAGUAGAAGAAAUUUUUAUAGAACAUGAAGCUAGUCUUAUUAGUAAAAUAAAAGGAAUUGAAGAGUAAAAAUUAUUGUAACAUGAGGAAGAAAUAAAAAAGAGAGAAGAAAUGUUCAAUAAAUUUAUAUAGCUGGAUUAAUAAGUAGAUAAAUUGGAUAAAAAAUUUGAAUUAAAGGCCAACGAUAAGUUUAUAGUUAGUACAAUAUAAAAUAAUCUAAUGAAUAAUCAAUAAUUAUAACAAACAUUGAUUGAAAAAUCUAUUAAAUUAAUUGAUGAUUUAAUGAAAUCAAAAAUUGAAGAGAUAUAAAAAUGGACAGAUGAAAAAAUUUAAUAAUAAUAUUAUUAGAUAUAAAACUUUUCAACUUAUCUUAGAAAAUCAGAAAGAGUCGUAGAAGAACUAUAAAGUGCUAUUACACUUACCAAAAAUUCAACUAUAUAAUUUGAAAAAGAAUUUACAUAAUAGAUCAAUGAUAUUUCAUAGAAAAAUUAAGUUUUUAAGGACACCAUUUAAAUGCAAACUAAAGGGUAAUCAUUCUUAAUUAUUUUAGAAUGACAACUCAAAGUACAUAAUUAAAAUAAUAAUUUGAUUAACUAGAAUAAACUCUAUAAAAUGAGUUCAAUAAAAUACAUUAGAAAUAAGAACAUAUAUAAUCUUAAAUUUAAUCAGGACUUGAUUCAAUGAAUAAUUAUAUACAAUUUUGUUUGGAUAGUUCAGAGUAAAAAGUGUUCUCUCAAUGCAAAUAAGAAGAUUAAAAUAUAAUAGAAAAACUUACAAAUUAAUUUGAGAAACGAUUUUAAACAAUUCAAGAAAAGACAAUCUUUUUAGAACAGGAAAUAAAUAGUAAGGCAGAAAUUUGUAAUUAAACUAAAGAUAAAUUAAAUAAUUUUUUAAAAGGUUAAUAGGUUCAUUAACGGUUAUAUCAAAAAAAGGAUGGAAUACCUCAAUAAAGUUAGAAAUAAAGUACAAAGGAUUAGUUAUUAGUCAUUGACAAUUUAUUUAGAUAUAUUUCAUAGAUAUAUUCUUAAAUACAUAAAUCAAUCUAAAUACCAGAGAAUGACUAAUAUUAAACUAUUCAAGAAUCUACUAGACAUUCAUAAUCUUGUUCUUAGGUUAUCUUAAUUGCAGAACAAACAAAUUCAACAUAAAAAAUAAAUGUAUCUCCAAAUAAAAGUCCAGAUAGAAUAGAAAAAUUAAAUACAGAAAAAUAGGAUGUAAAAGAUUUAAGAACAUAAAUAUCAUCUGUAGAUAGAAUUCAUGGGGAGAUUCAUAAAAAUUAUGAUAAAAGUCCAUAUCCAACCAUAGAAAAAUAAAAUAAAGUAGAUAAAAUGGGUGAUGAGAUAUUUAGUGAUUAGAAAAUUUAAGAAUCAAAUCGCUAUCCAUUAUUAGUAGUUGGAAGAAGUAUAAUUAAAAAUUAUCUUAGCUUAAUUAUUGGAUAUCAGACCUUAAUAAGAUUUAAUGUCAUUGUAAUAAAAGGUUAAAAAGGUUCAAAGUAUUUUAGGAGUAGACUUACUUGGUUAAAGGCAGUAUAAUAAUCCUUAUUAAGCUUAAAGAUGUAAUUCUGCAUAGAAAAGACUUCCUAAAAUUAGUUCUAAAAAUUUAAACUUUAGCAUAGAUUGA